UACACAAUGUAAUGUAGUACGAUCUAAGCAAUAAACAAGAAUAUCAUCCAGAUAACCACAACAUUAAUUAAACACAUCAUAACAAAAUCUCAAUAUGCGUAAACCGUCCAAACCGACCAUUUCACUAUUUUUGCUAGCACCAAUAGCCGACAGAUGAACACAUUUCUACACAACCCAAAAUCUCCUACGAUUUGUUUCGCCUAUAUAAACAGUGACUUCGACAAGGCUAUAGGGCACAAAAGAAAACAGUCAAAGCAAUUGCAAUUUGUAACUUUAACUUCAAUUUCAUAUCUAUCCUACUUGUACUAGCUAAUCAAAGAGAAAAUGGCAGAGCAAAAAGGUCACUCAGAGGAGACAAUCAACAAGGGUGUAGCUUCAGAGACUACUGAUCGUGGAUGUGGAUUGUUCAACUUCAUGGGAAAGAAAGAAGAAGAAGAAGAAAAGGCCCACAAUGACACUGUCAUGAUCGACACGCCGACCAAUGUGGUAGAACCAAAGGAGGAGAAGCACACUCUCAUGGAAGAACUUCACCGCACUCACAGCAAUUCUAGCUCGUCGAGCGACGAUGAGGAAGUUGAAGAGGGUGGAACUGGAGAGAAGAAAAGGAAGAAGAAGGGACUAAAAGAGAAGAUCAAAGAAAAGAUAUCUGGUGAUCAUGAAAGCAGUGAUAAGCAAAAAACUGAAGUAAUUCCCAUGGACAACUGCCCUGCUCCUAAUCCAGAAUUAGCAACACACGAAGAAGACAAGAAGAUAGGAUUUAUGGACAAGAUCAAAGAGAAACUUCCAGGUCACUACAACAAGACUGAUCAAGAAGUAGUCAAUAGUACUGGACCUGCUGCUCAUAGUGCUUUAGAUGAGCAAGUCCAUGGAGGCGAAACAAAAGAUCAGAAGAAAGGUUUACUUGACAAAAUCAAAGAGAAAUUGCCUGGACAUGGCCACAAGAACAAUGACGAUGAAGGGAAACACAAGUCUAACUGAAAUUGAAAAUUAAUCAUCUAGCUUCUGCACUACAUGCAGACUGCAGUUUAAUUUACUUGUAUGAAUGCUUCUUUAAUGUUUUGUUUGCUUAGUCGGAGUAGUGGUGUGAUCCUUGUAAUUGGCCUCACGAGCCAUUGCUCUUCUAUUGUGUGUGUCAAUUCCAAUUAAAUGAAAUUUUCUAUUGUAUGGGUAAAA